GAUGGCAAUGUGGUAUUCGAUAGUCAAUCCAACGUCGUUCGUCUGGCUUACGCUUUGGGGAUCUGGUAGCUGUGCAAGCCACACGCGACAGGCGAGGUCGAGCCGAGCUGCAUGCGCUUGUGCUACCUUCUGUCCUGCUCUCUCGUUGAGUGGGCGGCGGCGAUUGAUCGAUUGAUGGGGGCGUUUUGCAGGGGGCAAGCAUUGGUCCAAAAUCCAACCUGGAACCUUAUUAUUGGGAGCCGAAGCGGUGGGGCGGCGUGGUUAGUGCGUCAUUGGAUUUCGCGUUUGAAGCGUAUUUUCCCAACCGUGCCCAGUCCCAGUCCCACAGCGCUCCGACAAGCGCUCCCCCGUUCGGACCGCCCACCAGUCGACUGCAGGCCGGCAGGGCACCGACGCAGCCGGGCCCAGCCAACCUCACCGCCCGGACGAAAUCUGAGGUCAUCUCUUGGGUCAAAAGUCUGUCCGUCUCGCUUUUGCAACUGCUUCAAGCAAGCCCUGCAUUGCAUCUGCAGCUAAGAAAGCAAAAAGCGAACGAGAAAGGAAAAGAAGCGGUGCAACAAUGGAUUCCAUCAUCGACCUCUCCGAUGCCUCGCAGGCUCUCGACCUCUCGCGCAUCCGCUACCAGCUGAUGUAGGCCAAGGACCCUCCUUCCAGUUCGUGGAA